AUGGGGAAAGAUCUUAGCGACGAUCAAGUUUCUUCUAUGAAAGAAGCGUUCACGCUUUUUGACACCGACGGCGACGGAAAGAUUGCUCCAUCGGAGCUCGGAAUCCUUAUGCGUUCUCUCGGCGGAAACCCUACCCAAGCUCAACUAAAGAGUAUAAUCGCUGAAGAAAAACUCACUUCUCCCUUCGAUUUCAAACGUUUCCUUGAGUUAAUGUCAAAGCAUCUCAAGCCUGAACCCUUCGAUCGGCAGCUCCGUGAUGCCUUGAACCCGCGGAGUUUGAUGAGUGGAUCCGAGAGGUUGAUGUCGGAUCUGACGGGAAGAUCAAGUAUGAGGACUUCAUUGCGAGGAUGGUUGCUAAAUGAUUUGUUGUUGUGAUGUGAGUGGAGGUGAACUGAUUGAUUUUUCUGAUAUUAAGAAGCAGUGUUUUUGGUGUGUGGUAAUUUUCUAUCUUUUUUAUUUUUUUCUUCUUCUUCUUCUUUAUGAAUUUGGUGUUUGCUAGUUUUCAUAAACUGUUUGGACAACUAAUCAUGAAAAGAGGGUAUUGCCAUUUGCCAAUGCCACUUGAAUGCUUGUGAAUAGGUUUAACUGAUGUUACAACACUUUGUCACUCUUGUUUUUUCAUGUAUAAGAUGCACUUCUACUCUUUUGACCA